CAUGGCGUAUCUCUAGAAAACGAUUCUCUUUCCACAACCUUAUUUAAGACCAACCUAGGGCCAUCGCUCCUCCCCAUGCACACUGCCUUCUCUCUCUCUCUUAGAUCCUCCCUCCCUUGUUUGCCUUGACUUACGCCUGCUACUGUUAGAGACUAAGCCGAGUCUCUGUCUCUCUUCCUCUCUCCAGUGAAGAUGUCUAGCAGGAGAUCAAGGUCACGGCAAUCUAGUGCUCCAAGGAUCACCGACGAGCAGAUCAACGAUCUCAUAGCCAAGCUGCAGGCAUUGCUGCCGGAGAUUCGCAACAGGAGCUCGGACAAGGUAUCGGCGUCGAAGGUGCUGCAGGAGACGUGCAACUACAUCAGGAGCUUGCACAGAGAGGUGGACGACCUCAGCGAGAGGCUCUCCGAGCUGUUGGCUUCUACGGACAGUGCCCAAGCUGCCGUCAUCAGGAGCCUACUUUUGCAGUAGAGACUUGUUCCCAAUCUCUCUCUUUCUCUCUACCCCUCCCUAUCUUUAGCUCUGCAUCUUCUUUUGUUGACAAUAGACUGACCAUGGGGUUUACAUGAGCUCAAUUUGGUUGUAGAGUCUCCGCCUUGCCAUGUUCAUGAGGAUAUUGUGUUAAAAUAAAGUCAGUAGAACUA